UCUUUGUCCGAACAACAACCAUCUCUCAUCUCCUGUAGAUCAGAAACACAUGUCCUCCAAUGGAAAUAGAAACCAUAACCGACACUACCGUUCCAAACCAUGACGAGACUGAGAUAGAGUCAACAGAGUUUGAGAAGAAUCAGAAACGGUACCAAGACCUGAUCUCCACGUUUCCUCACGUGAAAGGCUGGAGGCUUAAAGAUCCCUUUAUCAGGUACGGUGGUCAUUGGUGGAUACAGCCUAUCCUUGAAGGUGCCCUUUACGCGCAAGAGUUCUUCCAAGCGAGACCCAGUGACUUCUUCAUCUGUAGCUAUUUAAAGACAGGUACCACUUGGCUCAAAUCACUAACAUUCAUAAUAGCCAACCGAUCUCGCUUUGAUGAUUCCACAAACCCUCUCCUAAAACGUAAUCCUCACGAGCUUAUUCCUUUCAUUGAGAUCGAGUUCCCUUUGUUCCCUGAAGUUGAUGGUCUCAAAGACAAAGGGAACACUCUAUUCUCAACUCAUAUGCCAUACAAUUCACUACCCGAUUCGGUUGUGAAAAAGGGUUGUAAGAUGGUUUACAUCUGGAGAGACCCAAAGGACACUUUCAUCUCCUUGUGGCUUUUCUUCCAAAAGAAAAGGUCAGAUGGUGGCCCGCUCGACAGUCUUGAGGAGUGUUUUGAUAUGUUCUGUCAAGGUUUAUCUGGGUACGGUCCUUAUCUUGAUCACGUUCUGGCAUAUUGGAAAGCUCACCAAGAGAAUCCAGAUAAGAUUUUAUUCCUUAAGUACGAGACUUUGAGUGCUGAUCCUUUGCCUCAUGUGAAGAGAGUGGCUGAGUUUAUGGGUUAUGGAUUCACAGAUGAGGAAGAGAAGAAUGGGGUCGUUGAGAAAGUUGUGAAUCUUUGCAGCUUCGAGACGUUGAAGAACCUUGAAGUUAACAAAGAUGAUAAGGAGAGAGAAGAUCAUCCUUCUCCUUUCACAAAGAGCGCGUAUUUCAGGAAAGGAAAAACCGGAGAUUGGGUGAAUUAUCUGACUCCAGACAUGGCAGCUCGUAUUGAUAGGAUAAUGGAAGAGAAAUUCAAGGGUACUGGUUUGCUUGAAUAUGGUAAAUGAGGACAACGACUGAUCCUUGUAUGCUUGUUUAAAGCAUAUGUUUGAUCCUUUUGUCACAUUUAUUAUAUAUGUACUACGUUAUAUAUUGGAUGAAUAAAACUUGUUUCUGUUUCA